CUUUGUGUCUCACGCAUGCGCAUUUCACUCCCUGAAGGCGAGCCCUGCCCCACUCCGUCUCUCGCGCAAAUAUCAGCCUGGGUUGUAGCCAUGGCGUCGGAGAGGCUGCCAAGCAGGCCUGCCUGUCUCCUGGUGGCCAGCGGCGCUUCCGAAGGUGUGUCAGCCCAGUCCUUCGUCCACUGUUUCACACUGGCCAGUGCUGCCUUCAACCUACAGGUGGCCACCCCGGGGGGAAAGGCCAUGGACUUUGUGGAUGUGACAGAGAACAAUGCACGUUGGGUACAAGACUUCCGCCUCAAGGCAUAUGCCAGCCCUGCUAAACUUGAGUCCAUUGACGGUGCCCGGUACCAUGCCCUGCUGAUUCCCAGCUGUCCUGGCGCCCUGACUGACCUCGCCAGCAGUGGGUCCCUGGCUCGAAUACUGCAGCACUUCCACUCUGAGAGCAAACCCAUCUGUGCCAUUGGCCAUGGUGUUGCUGCCCUGUGCUGUGCUACCAAUGAAGAUAGGUCCUGGGUGUUCCAGGGCUACAGUCUGACAGGGCCAGUGAGCCCGAUGCCGUGCAUGUGGUGCUGGAUCGCCAUCUGGUCACUGGCCAGAAUGCCAACUCCACUGUUCCCGCUGUUCAGAACCUGCUCUUCCUCUGCGGCGGCCGGAAGUAAGCUUGGAUGCUGUCCUGGUGGUCUAGAGACAAGGACUGAACUCACUGUGGCCUCUUCUUCUGAUCCUUACUCGAUGGGACACAGCCUCCGUUGGGGCCUUGUGGAAUGCUGGAGGCCUCCAGGAAUUAUACCUGCAGUGUCAGCUCUCAUGUAGACUAGACACCUUUCCUCUGUUCCCAGCACAGUGUCCUGGCUGGCCAGGCAGUCCCUCAGAGCUUCAGAUUGAACACGCCAAGAAGAAUCGUCCAUGGGCUGCAGUCAGCUAUGCCGUCUUAGGAUGGGGUGUUGCUCCUCCGUGGCCUUUUGGCUGUUUCUAUCCCGUUAGCUGUUCCUGGGCACCAUGGACAGGACCACAGGCCAGAGCUUUGAAUUCUCAUCUUUCCUUUUUUUUUUUUUUUCUUUUUUUCGGAGCUGGGGACCAAACCCAGGGCCUUGUGCUUGCUAGGCAAGCGCUCUACCACUGAGCUAAAUCCCCAACCCCAUCUUUCCUUUUUUAAACUUGUUUAUUUUUUAUAUUUUCUAUGCAAUGGUGUUUUGCCUGAACAUGUGUCUUUAUGAGGGUAUCUGGUCCCAUAAAAUUAGAAUUACAGACAAUUGUAAACUGCCAUCUAGGUUCUGGGAAUUGAACCCAGUCCUCUUACACCAUUGAGCCGCCAUUUCUCUAGCUCCCCACUGGCUUUUUUUUUUUUUGGCGCGCGCGCGCGCGCGCGUGUGUGUGUGUGUGUGUGUGUGUGUGUGUGUGUGUGUGUGUGUGUGUGUGUGUGUGUGUGUGUGUAUGAGAGAGAGAGAGGGGGGGGGGGGGCAGGGUUUCUCUAGCCUUGUAUUGUAGACCAGGCUGGCCUGGAACUCAGAGAUCUACCUGCCUCUGUCUACUAUAGGCUUCAAUUAAAGGCAUGUACUGUCA